AUGGCUCUUACUGGUAAGCUGGAGGCUAAUUUAGGAAUCAACGCGCCGGCUGCGGCGUUCUACAAUGUCUGGAAAAGCCAAUGCCACCAUCUCCCUAAUGCCACUCCUUCAAAUAUGCAGGCUGUUGAGGUUCAUGAAGGUGACUGGGAGACCGCUGGCUCCAUCAAGUUGUGGAAUUAUACAGUAGCGGGAAGGAGCGAGAGUUACAAAGAGAGGAUCGAAGUGGACGAUGAAACGAUGACGGUGGGUCUUGUGGGAUUGGAAGGAGAUGUGUUCAAGAACUACAAGAGCUGGAAGCCCAUCAUUCAAGUUAUUCCAAAAGAGAGUGGAAGCUUGCUGAAACUGACUUUAGAAUAUGAGAAACGAAGUGAGGAUAUUCCAGUUCCGAAUGAAUAUUUGGAUUUUAUGGUCAGCGUUAUGACUGAUCUUGCUGCUCAUCUUACCAAGGCAUAGAAAUUAAGGAACAAAAAUGGC